UGGCGUCCCCUCCGGAGCCCUUUUGGAGCCACCCUCCCGAGCGGAAGUCCGCCUGCGGCUCGGGCCCUGGCGGGACCUGCUCGGAGGAAUGGCGCUGCGGGGUUCAAGCACUGUCUUCCUGUUGGCCCUGACAAUCAUAGCCAGUGCCCAGGCUUUGACGCCCACUCACUACCUCACCAAGCAUGAUGUGGAGAGACUGAAAGCCUCGCUGGACCGCCCUUUCACAAGUUUGGAGUCUGCUUUCUACUCCAUCGUGGGACUCAGCAGCCUUGGUGCCCAGGUGCCAGAUGUAAAGAAAGCGUGCACCUUUAUUAAAUCAAACCUUGAUCCCAGCAAUGUGGAUUCCCUGUUCUACGCUGCCCAGUCCAGCCAGGCCCUCUCAGGGUGUGAGAUCUCUGUUUCAAACGAGACCAAAGACCUGCUGCUGGCAGCUGUGAGCGAAGACUCCUCGGUGGCCCAGAUCUACCACGCAGUGGCAGCCCUGAGUGGCUUUGGCCUCCCCUUGGCUUCCCAGGAAGCGCUUGGUGCCCUUACCGCCCGCCUCAGCAAGGAGGAGACUGUGCUAGCAACAGUCCAGGCUCUGCAGACGGCCUCCUACCUGUCCCAGCAGGCUGACCUGAGAAGCAUCGUGGAGGAGAUUGAGGACCUUGUUGCUCGCCUGGAUGAACUGGGAGGUGUGUAUCUCCAGUUUGAAGAAGGACUGGAAACAACGGCAUUGUUUGUAGCUGCCACCUACAAGCUUAUGGACCAUGUGGGGACGGAGCCAUCCAUUAAGGAGGACCAGGUCAUCCAGCUCAUGAACGCCAUCUUCAGCAAGAAGAACUUUGAGUCACUUUCUGAAGCCUUCAGUGUGGCCUCUGCUGCUGCUGCGCUCUCUGAGAAUCGCUAUCAUGUGCCCGUUGUGGUUGUGCCCGAGGGCUCUCCUUCCUACACUCAGGAACAGGCUGUCCUGCGGUUGCAGGUCACCAACGUUCUGUCCCAGCCUUUGACUCAGGCCACUGUUAAACUAGAACAUGCGAAAUCUGUUGCUUCCAGAGCUACAGUCCUCCAGAAGACAUCAUUCACCCCCAUCGGGGAUGUUUUUGAGCUGAACUUCAUGAAUGUCAAAUUUUCCAGUGGUUAUUAUGACUUUUCUGUCAAAGUUGAAGGUGACAACCGUUACAUUGCAAAUACUGUAGAGGUAAGUGCUUUCUUGUCGUCCCCAUUGCCUUGUUAAUAUACCCAAGGAAAU